AUGGCACAGGGGAUGCGGUGCCCACGCACCCUCUACUUGUUCUCCGCGGUCGUGGGAUGGCCAUGGGAGUUCGAGCUGCUGCAGACCCGGCCGCCCGAGGACAACCUCACGGAGACCAUGAGGGCAGAGGAGAUCCCAGACCCUGGCAAUGCUACGAUGAGGCCGCAUGGUUUGGCACGCCGGACCAUCCUGGGCGACUUCGAGCUGAAGGAGGGUGGGCUGGACCUUUCCGUGCAGUGGGACGAGGACUUCAAGCACUAUGUGGACUUCUUUGUUGCCGUCGACGAGAUGGACUGGACGUCCUCAACUGGGAGCGACGCGGCUGGUCCUUCCACCACCGCUGUCAACCUCUUCGAAGGCCGCGGCAGCAGACGAAGGCUCAACGACGUGGUCAUCCGACGUGGAGGUCAUGUAGCCCGGUUGCUGCAAGAGGAGAGCAUGCUCAAGCGGAUCGAUAGCGAUGGCUUGAGGGUGAAGUUCAAUGGAGUGUCUGGUUGCACUUCGAGGCAAUUUUGCCGGGAGCUGGAGGAGGUGGGGGAGAUCCACUUGCGCCGACAGCUAGAGUGCAAAGCAGAGCACUCCAUGCAUAUCCAGGAGUUCGCGGGGGUUGAUCAUGAAGCAUUGCUGGGCCUCCAUCGUUAUGCUCACGGUUCACCACGAUGGCUCAUUGGUCUACUUGGUCGUGGUGUUUGGCGUGGACUGGGUUUUCUGGUGAGGCUGCUUCGGUGCUGUUGCCGCAUUUGCUGCAAUAAGAAGACCAACCGCGUCAUCCGGGAUGAAGAUGGACACGAGCGCUUCCUUGAUCCAGACUCAGAGUCAGAAGCUGAGGGGGAUGAGGCAGCGUGCCAAGGGGUGCGCGUUGGUCUCAUGGUUGAUGGAGAGAUGAGGCCACUGGCACCAGACGGAUGCAACGACAUGGCAACUCAAGAGGAGACGACACUUCUCGACGGGGACAUUGAGGUCUCGGACGUCAGGCCACCUGGGCCUGGUCAACUGGUGCGGAUCCCCCUUUGUGCGCAUCAUCGGCAGGUCUAUCAGAGUGCAGCUUUGAAGAGACCUGACCUGCCACAGAGAGCUCUGGAACAGGAAGACGUGAUGGGGAGGCCGGUGUGGCUGAAGGUUCGCUUGACUUAUGAGGACGGGAACCACGAGUGGAUUCUUUGCCUUGGGGAGUUAGCUGGCUACACACCUGGAGGAGUUCGUGGUGAUGAGAAGCUCGAGAUCUACGUCACGUUCUUGGACAACACGAUCAUCGUCGACCCAAAGUACUUGGAGGACAUGGUGGACAUCAGAAACUUGCAAGAGCUCGAACCAGCUAAAGCCCAGCUGUUGGUCAAGGAAGUGCCACAGGAUGCUGCAGGCAUUGGCCUUGAUGUCAAGGGCUACAUCGUCCCGGAGCUCUUGGCGCAGCGUCUACAGUCUUGGGAAGGAAGAACUUUGGUUUCAGGACGUCGCCUAAGCGGUGCUCAGCUUGUGGACAUCAAGAAGAACCUCUCCAGCAUGGCGGAGCUUGGUAUGGAUCAUCAGGUCCGUGGUCGCAAAGAGGGAGAACCACUGCCUAAGCCCGAGACGCCUAGAAGGAGAUCGCGCAGCCGAAGCCACAGCUUAGCCAGAGCCAUGAGAGAGGAAGAUGAAACCAGACAGGAGGAAGAGCCUGAUGUUCCCGUGGAGGUUGAGAACGAGGAGGUGACUGGCGACGGGGUCAUCGAGGCCUAUAUGACGGCAACGUGCCCAGGGCAGACUCACCAAGAGGCGAUCGAUACGGUCCAGAUGAUCUUUGAGGUGGACGUUCAGACACUUCGCAACCUCCUGAGGACGCACAUCCGAAGAAAUUGUGGGAAGCAGAACGAGUCGGUCGAAGUGGCCAUCAGGAUUCUGAAGAAGGUGACCAACAAAGAUCACAAAGAUGAGAAGGACGAGCACCUCAAGCGUGACGCAGAUCCUGAACGUUCCAAGCCAGUUGAGAAGAAAGGACAAGCAGCCCACGAAAGGCUGUUCCCUUCGUGCUAUGAAGGCCCUCGUGAUGAUGGAAGCCUUAUCCGCCCAGCAGAAGCAACCAGCAAGCUCAACCCCCUCAUUUCCAACGACGGCGUGGUGGGCCAGCUCUUCGGUCUGGGGAACAGAAUUGAUGAGGCCUCAACUCGAGCAGGAGCCGGUGGAGAUGACGAUGAGGCGCAGAUGGGAGCCAGGGUGGUGCACGCACUUGAGGGCCUUCGUAAAGCCACAGAAGGUGACAAGCGAGGUAGCCCAGGUACUCGGAGCUCCAUUGGCGCUGAGGAGAGCCUGGACGUCUAUUUGGCUCGAGGGUGCAAUACCCUCACGGUGGAGGUAUGCCCGGAUGUCACGGGCAAAGAGCUCUUCGAUGCUUUGAAGAGGGCAUGCUCGCGUGCGAAAGCUAAGCUGCAACAAAUCGAGUGGCCUUGCCUUGUGACAAAUGGGAUCGCGUAUGGCCUCGCAGCCAUGCAGCACGGUGGAAAGGACCACACGACAUUGGCACCUUGGCAGCUCAGUGUGGCGCAUGCAGUAACAGCAAAACCAAAGGACUUCGAUCAGUAUGAGGCCCCAAAGGACGACAAGAUCGAGCCCAAGCCCAGGUACCCGACGCACUUCGCGACUUGGCUCAAGCAGGCGAAGAACGAGAUCAGGAUGCUUGGAUCAGUCUUGGGCUUGGAGCACAAGAAGGAGCGGCUCAAGGCGUUGGACCAGAUUGAGAAGGCGCACGAGCAAGACUCAGAUGUUUGGCCUGAGCCUUUGGGAAGAGCUCAAAGCAGCGUGGACGGAGGAGUGACGAACCUGGAGGAGAUGAUGAUCGAGUUGGACGUGGACGAGAACGUGCAGGCGGAGCGCGACGAGAAGGUGAAGGACGGCAGUGGACAGAAGCAAGGAUGCCUCCCACCUGAAGAGUAUGAAGGUGUCCAAUAUACCCAACUGGAAGAUGAACUACGGGAGCUCACCAGGGGUCCACACACCGACUGGCUCAGAGACCCUAUGCUUGAACCAGGUCGUGAGCCACAUACCAUCUGGGAGCGACGAGUGGAGCAUCCUGAGGCGCAGCGUCGCCUGAAGGCCCUUGAAGAACUUGAAAAAGGAGGCGCCUUCACCAAGCUCGCAAACCGAUCCAGCUACCUUCAGUCACACGUGAGAGGACGCAUGCUGAACUCGAUGAUUGAAAAGCAGGAGAUGACGAUCGACGAGGUGCUCUUGGAGGCCACAGAGAAGGGAUGUCCUGAACUUGCUCAAGAAGCUGAGAAGGUCUUGAACGAGGAGAGAUCCGUGGGUUGGGCCGACGAUGAGAGGCAGGCAUGGAUCAGCGCACCAGUUUGGUGCAAAGAGAAGGGGUAUGGUGAAGGCAAGUUUGAGUUCCAGUGCGGUGACCGCAGAGUGUGUUGGCGCUACUUGGACUACAAGGACAAGCUGCCGGUCCCAAACGAACUGGCAAGCGCGCUUGGACUACAGCCUGGAGAAGAAGAAGAGCGGCAAUGCCUGGUGCUUCAUCCUGCAGCUGGAGUUCUACUGUGGGAAGGAGACUGGGACCCAGAGCGCCGGCCAACAAUUGAUGAGGUGAAGCAGAAGGCACAAUUGUUUCGGGCGGAGCUGUGGGAUGAAGCAGCAAAUGCAAUUGCAGAGCUAGGAGAUCCUGCCCCGUGGAUUGGAGCACGCGAAGAAGUUCGAGGUUACGCACAUGAUUGCCUUCGAGCUCAUCACGACAAAGACUAUAGGCCGUUUCAAGCGUUUGUGCUGGAUGAACUGCGGGAGGUCACACUGCAAUGUUGGAGGUUGAAUUGCCGAGGCCACUUCCAGGUUGACCAUCUCGUGGGGAGCAGCCCAGGAAGCGAGAACCAGAUCAUUCCGUUCUUGACACACGGAGGUCACAUCAGGCUGCUUGUCCCGAACGACAAGGAGGAGCCCGUCAAGCUGGCCGCAGAGCUCACAUUGAGUGGUCAAGUCGAUCGUGAAUGGCCUUGUGAAGGAUGGAGGGAGUUCUUGGCGAAUGAGGACACAGCGGCUCCCCUUGUCCCAGGCAAACGACCUAAAUGCCCACGUUGCCUGGACCACAACCCAAAGCAGGGCAAGGCUGCACCACAAGUGCCGUGGAGUUUCAAUGAACAUCCCAUUGACACGCAGGAGUUGAUCCUUAUGGGAGCACAUGCCCCACUGAAGCACAGGCCAUCGUUUGCCUACGGGAUUCGGGUGCAGGAGGUCUUUGCUGGUUCCGGUACAUGGACAAAGGCGAUGGAAGAGGCUGGACUUGGAGCGAAUGAGCCCGUUGAACUGUUCGGCAACCCACUUCAAAAGAAGGACAGGCGAGACCACUUUGACCUGAAGAAUGAGUCCAUCGCCAACCACUACCUGCAGGCCACGAUGGAGAUGCCGGGCCCAAGCACGGCAAAUAUCUGGGAAUUUGGAACACCUUGUACCAGCUACUGUGACUUCAACAUCCUCAAUGGUGGGACGCGCAGCUUCACUUCGCCAGAGGGAGGCCCCAACCCCACAGCCAGUGAGGAAGAGGGCAAUUAUUUCUGCAGGCUGACCUGCAGGAUGUGCGAGCAGCUCUAUGCCUAUGACAAGGAGUUCAUCGCGGAUGGUGACCCGGUGCAGACAUCUAUGGAGGGCACGCAGAGCGAUUUGGGUGAUGAGCCUAAAAGGGAGACAGAUCUACCGGUCGUGGAGGAAGAUGAGCCACAUCGGGUCCCAUUAGCUUGGCUGACUGCAUUGAUUGGUACUACCUACCGGCCGCUUUGUGGAGAUGAGUGCUCACUACAAGGGGGACACCGCGAAGGGCAUGUCUUGGAUUGCACAAGGGCCAUCCAUGCAAUGAAUUGGUUCAACAGUCAUGUGGCUAUGACUGCUUAUCCCUGUGAACUGCGAUGGAAGGCCUGCUCACUACCUUGGCUGCAAUUACCCAGAUGGAAAUGGGAAUGCCUGCAGGAGAUCCACAUGUACCUGGACGGCUCGGCGAUUGAAGGAGGGACCGGGGCGGGGGUUGCGAUCUGGGUCUACGCUGCAGCGCAGGGUAGAGCUUUUCCACGGGGCUUUCCAGGCGGUGGUGCCAGGGAGUCAGUGAAGGAUCUCCCAAGCCAUACAUGGACCCACCCGAGGGGGCAGGUGAGCCGUCUCGACUACAUCGCAAUAUUUCCGACCGAUUGGCCGAUUGGCAUUUCCAACAAGUUCGGUCAUGGACGGAGUUUGGUCUACAAGCUCAUGGACAUUUGCAUCACAAUGCUGCCUGCUUGCAGUUUCGGUGUGUCAUUGAGGGCAGUGAGGCCAUUUCAUCGGAAACCAUAUUACGGUGAUGACACCACUGGGCCAUCCAAGAGAAGGCCAAGUUCCGAGGGCAUCUUCUCCGACUACAGGGUGCCCAGCGUCAUCAUGGUCUUCGUGUGUGCUUCAUUGCUUCGAGGGGAGCCCUUCGAGAGGAGGGUCCAACUCUUCCUGGCUUUUCGGGCAGCGCGCAAUGAGGCUUCGUCACUGCAGAGGAGAGAUAGUGUGGCUUUCUUCGAAACUCUCAAGACGGAGUGGGAAGGAUGCGAUCAACCUUCCAAAGGCAUCUUCCGCGAGCCCCAGAAAGGGAGAGACCCCGGCCGGCAAUUCAACAGGAGCAUCUUCGUGAGCAAUUAA